AUGCCUGCUCGUGGUGGAUCUUUUAGAGGGACUAGAGGCCGUGGCGGUGGUCGUGGUCGCGGUCGCGGUGGUUUCCCUGGUCGUGGUCGUGGUCGUGGCCGUGGUGGUCGCUCCUUCGCUACUUCGCGAUUGAACGAGUCCGAAUCGGACGAUUCAUCUGGAGAUGAUAAUGCCAGCGAACAAUCAGAAGAGGAGUUGGUUGAUGAUACCCUUAUGGACGACGAGUCCUCCAGCAGCGACGAAGAAGAAAGCACCGAACGCCCAUAUAAUGAACUCCUUCAGCUACUUCACACAGAUGAACCAAGUGGCCCAGCUCGGAAGAAGCGCAAGGUCACCACUGGCUCCAACGAGGAAGUCCAAAUGGCAAACACAGCGGAGGAACCCGAGCAGGUCGAUGCCGAAUUAGAAGCGCAAGCGCCGUCUGAUGAUGAAGAAGAAGAGGAGGCUGUGGAUGAUGACGAGGACCCAACUGGCGCUUUCGAGAAACACUUCAAUUUACCGGAGAGCGCAGAUCUGACCAAGCAGAUCGAGCCUAUUCAAUCGAAUAAGUGGGCGUCGAUCAAGAAAGAGGUUGAUGGGCUACGGCUGGUUCAUACCGUUCCCGACACUGGAGCAAAUAGCGCGUCAUUUCUUCCGCCGAUGAAGAGUACAAUCAACGUUAAGCUCAAGCAAAAACUAAAGCCUCGCGCGGCCGAGAUCCUGCCCAAAAUCACUGGUCAAGUCCAGACUAUUUCGCCUUAUUUGUUUGACUACCAAGACGUUCUAUAUGGUGCUCGGUCGGUUUCCAACGCGAAUGAGUUGCGUGAGGUUAUGGCAUUGCACGCCGUCAACCACCUGCUGAAGACCCGAGACCAAGUCCUCAAGAACAACGCUCGUCUAGCUAAAGACCCAGAUACCGACAUCGAGUGCCGUGAUCAGGGAUUCACCCGACCCAAGGUGCUUUACAUUCUGCCAACCCGCCAAGCGUGUGUGAAGGUUCUCGAUGCGAUCACUCGGAUCUACCAGCCCGAACAGCAAGAAAACAAAAAGCGCUUCACCGAUGGAUUCUCGGCACCAGAGGAUGAGUCGUGGGAGCACAAGACAGAGGAUUUCCGUGAGCUUUUCGGUGGUAACGACGAUGACAUGUUCCGACUGGGUCUCAAGUUCACCCGCAAGACGGUCAAGUAUUUCGCGCAAUUCUAUAGCUCCGACAUCAUCCUCGCCAGUCCACUGGGUCUUCGAACGAUCAUGGACCAGGCCGACGCCAAGAAGCGCGAUCACGAUUUCCUCUCGUCCAUCGAGAUGGUUAUCGUCGACCAUGCCGACGCCCUCCUCAUGCAGAACUGGGACCACGUCGACUACAUCUUCCAACACCUGAAUUUGCAGCCGAAGGAGACGCACGGCUGCGACUUCGGCCGCGUUCGCAACUGGUACUUGGACAACCAAGCCCGCCACGUCCGACAGACCGUAGUGAUCUCAGCUCACAUCACCCCGGAGAUCAAUGCCCUCUUCUCAUCGCAUAUGCAAAACGCCUCUGGCCGCCUGAAAGCAACCCCAACCUACGCCGGCGCCAUCACCGAGCUCCCGCUCCCCGUCUCCGUCAAGCAAACCUUCACCCGCAUUGACAGUCUCUCGCCCAUCAAAGACCCCGACGCGCGCUUCAAGCACUUCACUACAACCAUCCUGUCCACGCUGGUGAAGAACAUCACACACGGGCGCGGCAAGGGCGGUACCGGCACCCUCAUCUUCAUUCCGUCUUACCUCGACUUCGUCCGCGUGCGCAACCACUUCGCCACCUCCACGCAGACAACAAAUGUCUCCUUUGGCGCUGUCUCCGAGUACACCGAGCCGAAAGAGGCCAACCGAUCCCGCAGUCACUUCAUGUCGGGCCGUCACUCUGUCCUACUGUAUACCGAGCGUGCGCACCAUUUCCGUCGUUACCAGAUCCGUGGCGUCAAGCGUGUGGUGAUGUACGGGCUGCCGGAUAAUGCGUUGUUCUACAGUGAGAUUGUUGGGUUCUUAGGUCUUGAUCAGGCGGCAUUACUCGAGGCUGUCGAGGGUGGUGUGCGUGCACUGUUCUCGAAGUGGGAUGCGCUGAAAUUGGAGCGUAUUGUUGGCACGUCCCGUACUGGGAAUAUGUUGCGCGAGAAGGGAGGUGAUACUUUUACUUUUGUAUAA